CUUCAAAACCGCCUUGUUAACAUUUUGUAUUCCGCAUCCAUGCUGCCGUUUGUCCAGGAUAAUGUGCCGGAGCUGCUGCUGCAGGGGUCGCGGGUCGCCUUCUGCGGCAAUCUUCACCUGGGAGCUCCGCGAGACCGGUUCAGGUCCACCUCCACACUGCUGCUGGCGCGUAACCUCAAGUUCUACGAAUUCCGGCGCAAGGAUCUGCUGCAUCACAUCGAUUUGCGAGGCACGCGACUGCAGCAGGUGGCCAGCCAACUGGAGGCCUAUGCAGGACCCAUGAGCGCCUUUCUGCCGACGGUGGAACCCACGGGCGGGGAGCUGGACUGCAGCAGUAUCCAGGCACCGGAGGAGCUGCCCUUAAAAUUGGGCAAGUUUGUGUGGCAGCAGGAGGAGAUCUACCUGCUGAUUCAAUGCUGGAGUGUACUGCUAGUCCUGCGGCGUCCCAAAGAACACGGCAGCAACUUUGAGCUGGUGGCGCAGCACGAGGAUGUGGUGGCAUUCAAAAUGGCCCAUGGACCCAUUCCCUACCAGGCCGUCGUGGAGCUGCAUUUCGGCAAUGGCAAGCGCCAGUGCUGCGAUUUCCAGGAGCCAUCCCUGCAGGAGGAAGGGCCCAGCACCUCCAAGGCUGCGGACCUGGCCUUCCACAAUUUCAAGGGCCUGGAGGAGCAAGUGAAGGCGGCCCGGGCGGAGCUGGCCACGCUGCGUUUGCAAACCCAAAAGGACUUCGAGAUCAGUCAGGAUCUGCAGCAAUUCGGUCCGCCCGGCCAGCGUUCACUGCUGCUGGAGGAGAAGCAGCCGCUCCGUCGGUUCGGCGAUGUGUGGACCCGCGUCUGCGGCGAUUAUCUCGUCUGCGGCACCCUCCUGGUCAACUUGACCGGCAGUCACCGUCUGAGCAUCGUCCAGGAUGUAUGCCCGCUGGUUCGACUGGAACCGCACCGCGACUACAGCCUGGAGCACCGCCUGUACGAAUUGCCGCUGCAGGCGGAUGGCCAGCCGCCCCUGGAUUACGACCAGCUGGCGCAGUUCUGGGCCUGCCAGGACCAGCACAGCAGGCUGCUCAAAUGGCGGCCGGUGGCCAAGGCGAGUCAGCUACCGCCCGAGUGCUCCGCCGUGAUGGUCGUGCGACUCAAUCUGGUCGAUCUCCUCGAGGCGGAGCAGCUCCAACUGAUGGUGCUGUACGAGAUUAAGGGCUCAGCGGAGCAGGAGCCAUCCCCCAGGCAGAUGCACCUGGUUAGCUUCGAUGUUAAGAAACUGUUGGAUGAGCCAGAGUCACUGGCACCCAAUUUUUCACCCGCCACGCUGCACCAGGACUUUCUGGCCGUGAUAAUGACGCAAACAGCACGUUGCUCCCUGAAAUUGGAGUUUAACACGGCUCAGGAUGGCGAGGCAUUCGAGCAGCUGCUGGCCUCCAAGCUGCAGUUCGAGUUGAUACAAGCCCAGGAGGCGAAAUGCGAUCAGGAUUCCGAUCUGCUAGAGGCAUCUUGCGCUGGCGCAGCCUUUCAGUCGUCCACCGCCGAGGCCAAUCCUGUCCAGCGCAUCUUCUACAACCGCCAGCCGCUGUCGCAAUGGUGCGGCAUCUUGCUGCUCCGCGAUGAUCCCGGCCAGCUGUGGCAUGUGUACGCCCAAACGGAUGACCGACUGCGUCUGCUCCUGCAUCGCCUGAUGCGCGAUCUCCUCCAGCUGCACUGCAAUCUUACCGUGCUGGAGGUCAGCGAGUACAACCAGGCGCCCGCCGAUGUGGCCCUGGAGUUGGAGGCGAGCUUGAACGAGGAGCUUGAAGCCUGGAAGGAGGUUCUCAAGCCGGCAACCAGUCACGAGCAGAGCCUGGAGCGGCUGACGCAUCUCCAUCAGGUGCAAAUGGCCAGCGAUGUGCUGGCAUCUGUGAUAUUGAGCCCAAGUGCUACCGAAUAGCACUGCAUUCCUUGCUUUAGAAGUACGUUUUAUGAUUUGUACACAGAUAACAUAAACCAUUUAUAAGAAAUGUAUGCCUGUUUUUAGAAUAGGUCCUUAAAGUCGGAGAAUCUGAAGUAAAAUAAAUGAGAAUUGUAUAAUA